AUGGCGGAGAAGCCGAUCAAGGUGCCGUACCGGAACCUCAGGGAUGACUUCGAAGUGGAGAUGGUCUCGGUGGACGACGACGACGACGACCGCCGUCGCCGCCGCCACCACCACCAUCACCGGAUCGAGCUCAGUUCGUCUCUCUCUCCUUCUCCUUCCUCCUCGUCUAGGCCCGCGAAUGGGGCGCAUGGCGAGUUCUCGCCCGGAGAUGCCCCCAACAGAUCUCAGAACCGCACUCUCGUGAUGCUGGUCCUCAGCUGCACCGUCGCCGCCGGUGUUCAGUUCGGUUGGGCCCUGCAGCUCUCGCUCUUGACUCCUUACAUUCAGACUCUUGGGAUAGGACAUGCCUUUUCUUCGUUCAUUUGGUUGUGCGGACCUAUUACAGGCCUUGUGGUUCAACCUUGUGUUGGAAUAUGGAGUGAUAAAUGCAUGUCAAAGUAUGGUAGAAGACGGCCAUUUAUUUUGGCUGGAUCUCUCAUGAUCUCUUUUGCUGUGAUAUUGAUCGGCUUUUCUGCAGACAUUGGAUAUCUAUUAGGUGAUACGGAAGAGCACUGCAGCACAUAUAAAGGCACUCGAACAAGGGCAGCUUUUGUCUUUAUAAUAGGAUUCUGGUUGCUGGAUCUUGCGAACAAUACAGUGCAGGGACCUGCCCGUGCUCUUCUCGCUGAUCUAUCAGGUCCUGAGCAGAGAAAUGCAGCAAAUGCUGUAUUUGCUACGUGGAUGGCUGUAGGCAAUAUUCUUGGAUUUUCUUCCGGUGCUAGUGGGAAUUGGCAUAAAUGGUUUCCUUUCCUGACUAGUAGAGCUUGUUGUGAAGCUUGCGGGAAUUUGAAGGCAGCUUUUCUUGUCGCUGUGAUAUUCCUUACAUUUUGUACCCUAGUGACUAUAUACUUUGCUGAGGAGGUUCCACUGUCUCUUAGUCAGCAUCACCAUCUAUCAGAUGUUGCCCCUUUGCUGGAUGAUUCUCAGCAAGAUGGAUUAGAGUUGUCAAAAGUAAAACAGGAUUUUAAAGAUGUUAAUCAUGGUAAUGGUAUCAAUGCGGAGGCUGUUCAAGAAAGGGAUUUGGUGCAAAAUCACCAUCCCAACCAAAGCAAUGAUCAUAAUGAGAUUUUAGGUGACGGUCCUGGAGCAAUCAUGGUGAAAGUAUUGACUAGUUUAAGGCAUUUACCCCCUGCGAUGCAUUCGGUGCUUAUUGUCAUGGCUCUUACUUGGGUGUCUUGGUUUCCGUUCUUCCUUUUUGACACUGAUUGGAUGGGGAGGGAAGUUUAUCACGGGGAUCCUCAAGGGAACAGUUCUGAAAUACAACUAUACAACCAAGGAGUUCGAGAAGGUUCUUUCGGUUUGCUGUUGAAUUCUGUUGUUCUGGGCGUCAGUUCUUUCUUCAUUGAGCCAAUGUGUCAGCGAAUGGGUACAAGGCUUGUUUGGGCCCUGAGCAAUUUCAUAGUGUUUGCCUGCAUGGCUGCAACUGCUAUCAUCAGCUUGGUAUCAGUUAAUAAAUAUUCUCAAGGAAUUCAACAUGUCAUUGGAGGCAAUAAAGCAAUUCAGGUCGCUGCAUUGGUUGUCUUCUCUCUCCUUGGCUUUCCCCUUGCAAUUACAUACAGUGUUCCUUUUUCUGUCACAGCGGAGUUGACUGCCGACUCUGGUGGUGGACAGGGACUGGCCAUCGGAGUUCUUAAUCUAGCGAUUGUUAUUCCUCAGAUGAUAGUGUCGCUUGGUGCGGGUCCAUGGGAUGCGCUUUUUGGUGGUGGGAACAUUCCCGCGUUCGUUCUCGCUUCUAUCAGUGCCUUUGCUGCUGGAGUUAUUGCAACCCUUAGGCUGCCGAAUCUCAGCAGUAAUUUCAAGUCCUCCGGGUUUCAUAUGGGCUAAAAUAGUGAGAAACAGGCAUUCGCCUGGUACAAAACCGACGCGAAACCAAACUCGACAUCUCAUGUUUUAGGAGAGUUGCCAUAUGGAGUUGCUCCUCGGGUUGGGGGAUGGGAUCAUCUCCAUAAUGAGGAAGUGCCAAUAUCGCGCACGGUGAGCUUACGCAUCUCAUGCAAAAUUUGUUCAUUUUUUCCGCACCACGAAGUGGGCAGAUUUACCUGUAAUUCUAAUGUAGAGUAUAAACCAGCUUACCCAUACGAAGCUUUUAGAUCUAGAGCUGUAAUUCACUUCCGGCCGCGUUGUAUUGCUCAUAGCAUAUUGAAUAAUGCAUUCUCCCAUUGUAAUGUUUCAACGUAAUUGGGAGGCUUACCGUGCUAACAUCGAGUUGGCUGAGUUGCUUUGUAGCUACGUUGGGCUCUAGUUCGACGAUCGAGUGGCUGCUAUCACAUUGAGAUUUGCAA